UUUCGCUCUACUUUUCGAUAAGCUCUUGUGCGGUGCACACUCACACACAAUAAGAUAGAACUUGAAUACGAAGUAACAGAACAAACCAUGGCUCAAACCAGGACGUUGUGGGUUUUUUUGCUCACUGUUAUUUCAGUCUCACUGAUCAACUUCCAAGUCGUCGACGCUGAUUUUUACGAGAUCAACCAGAUUCCCAAUGACGACGUCAAAGAGUUUAGUAACCAUGCCGCUGAUCCGCAGUCCGAUACGCGAGUUAGCAAGGCUUUCCGCAGCUGGAUUUUCUGGUGGUUGGAGACGGCGACGCUCUCGCGCAGACUUCUGGUCGGCAUAGAAAGAAUCCUGGACGUUUUUGCUCGACAUACCGAUGAACUCCUCGUCGACGCGCUUCUUGGCGUAAAGAUUUCAAACGAUCAACUGAAUGCAACUCUUGACCGGAUUGCAGAAAGGGACUCCGAGAUGGCAUCAAUCAUCCGCAAACUAAUCACCAAUGGAGUGGAAAUUAUGGAAAUCGCACUACCGAAAACACGUGAUAAAUUCAAAGAUUUUGAAGUGGUUGGCAGUGUUCUAAACCUGAACAUGGACUGGCGAAGAGCACCGAAGUCCUUUUCGAAGUCAGUCUCUCUACAUAGUUUGGAUGAGCAUGACGAGCUUGAUGCAGAGUGUCAGUCACCUUUCAACGAGAUUCUCUCCGAUCAUUGUAUAUCUCAGCUUCUACCCGACGAAAGGUUAUCUUAUGAUACCCCUACACGGUGCGAAUUGGACGAUGGAUGCAUUGAAAGAGUUUUUCUGUCUUGUAAUGGAUACACAGCCACUCAUCAAGCCCUCUAUCUCAUGAUAGGUAUUAAGAGUGAAUGCUCUCAACAACUGAGAGCCAAGUUACUACAAAUGGCGCCCUCAGCUGUGCAACAGCAACUAACGAUAGAUUCCAUUAUCGAAGGAUACUGCAUGGAGAUUUACCGAGAAUCAUUGAAUAUCAGCAAGGCUGGUUUUCCCCAUGAUAAACGAGAUCAAUUUAUAGAACAAGCGGUGAUCUGCGGUCUUUUCAAUUAUGUUGAUUUCUUUCGACUAGAUUGGGCAGAAAGGAUACUGAGCUGGCAACAAGCAGACGGUUGCUACUAUAGGAUCGAUACUCAUCGCGAUCAAAAAGCAGAACCUGGCGCGUCAACUCUUCACCACCGUGAAAAACGCCAUGAAUUAACUUUUAAAGAUGGUUGCAGUAGUCACACUACAAGCCUUGCGAUAUCCUAUUUCAGCAUACUCCUUCGGCAUAUAACACGUGCGGUCUAGAUAAAGUAUAUACCUCUGAACAUCUGAUAAUAAUUGUGGAAGGGAGCAGGCAGGCUGACCC